GCGUCCCUCGCGUGUCCGAGCAGCCGAGCUCUGCAGCCUCCUCGGCCUAGCGCGUCCAUUUGCAGCCUUUUCCCGAGCCCAGCGCCCACUGUGUGCCCGGGCCUGCCCGGAAGCGUCCUGCUCGGAGCCCUUACUCUUACCCUCCUGUUUCCCCCGCGCCCCGCCAGCCUGUCGUCUCGACCCUCCCAGAUGGCCUUCCUGCGUCUUCCCUUCUCCCCCGAGUCACUUUUUCUGUUGCCAAACCACUACUGCCUGCCGGCGUCGCAGCUGCUUGGCCAGCGGCGGGACAUCUCCUCCUGGCUGGCCCGAUGGUUCCCCAAAACGCCAGCCAAGCCUGUGGUGGCCCAGAAAACGCCCAUCAAGGUGGAGCUGGUGGCAGGGAAGACCUACAGGUGGUGUGUGUGCGGCCGCAGCAAGAAGCAGCCCUUCUGUGACGGAUCUCACUUCUUCCAGCGCACAGGCCUGGCUCCACUCAAGUUCAAGGCCCAGGAGACCGGCACGGUGGCUCUUUGCACCUGCAAAGCCACCCAGAGGCCCCCAUACUGCGACGGCACCCACAGGAGCGAGGCGGUACAGAAGGCAGGAGUGGGCACCGCACUCUGAGGCACAGGCCGCUGCCUGGCCCCGUGGGGUCUUGGCGUCAGGCCUGGAGCCCACCCAUUUGUGGGGAGGAAGUCAAGUGCUGAGUGCGGUCAGCCGGGAGCGGGCACCUGGUCCAGCACGUGCUGGGGAAAAUGGCACGGGCCAAGCGUGCCUGUCAUCCCAGCACUUGGGAGGCUGAGGCAGGUGGAUCACUGCAAACUUGAGAGGCCAGCCUGUCUGCACAUAGCAAGACUGUGUCUCGAAAAACAAAAGAAAAGCUAAAAAUAAAUAAGUCAGCCAUCAAGCCCACGUGGAGUGGUGCCUCU